AUAAAGAAAGGGGGAAAGAGGAGGCACCCCUCUCCUGAAAUCAUCAUGUGGAGAAAAAGUCGGUUCUGAAAGGAGCCAGGCUCAUUCAUUCCACACUGCAGUAUUCUCACUGAUUCUAUGUCAAUUAAAAAAUGUUCAGAAAAGGAAAAAAGCGGCAUAGUAGCAGCAGUUCACAAAGCAGUGAAAUCAGUACCAAAAGUAAGUCAGUGGAUUCCAGUCUUGGUGGGCUUUCACGAUCUAGUACUGUGGCCAGUCUAGAUACAGACUCCACAAAAAGUUCAGGCCAGAGCAAUAGCAACUCAGAUACUUGUGCAGAAUUUAGAGUAAAAUAUGUUGGUGCCAUUGAAAAAUUGAAGCUUGAUGAAAGCAAGAACUUGGAGGGACCAUUGGACUUGAUAAACUACAUAGAUGUGGCACAGCAAGAUGGAAAGCUACCCUUUGUUCCAGGGGAAGAAGAAUUUGUUAUGGGAGUUUCCAAGUAUGGUAUUAAAGUCACAACUUUGGACCAGUAUGAUGUUUUGCAUAGACAUGCGCUCUACCUAAUUGUUCGGAUGGUCUGCUAUGAUGAUGGCCUUGGGGCAGGGAAGAGUUUACUGGCUUUAAAGACGACUGAUACAAACUAUGAAGAGUACAACCUUUGGAUAUACCAGUGUAAUAGUAUGGAACAAGCACAAGCUAUUUGUAAGGUGCUGUCAACAGCCUUUGACUCUGUUUUAACAUCCGAGAAGUCCUGAAUUUCUACAGCUGCACUUCAUGCUGAGAGGAAGUACCGCUUGCUGUGACUGCAGCAAUUGGAGAAGAAUGAACACAAGUAUUUUGGAGUGGAUGUGAAUUUUUUUUGUUAAUUGCUUGAACAUACUGUUC